CGCCUGCGCACUGGGAAGGUGUCGCCCCACUCAGGUAACGGAGGGUUGUAAAUUAUGGCACAAGCGGAGAAGAAAGGUGGAUUGCUUCGGAAAUCUUCAGCUAGUAAGAAACCCUUGAAAGAGAAGGUUGUGCUAAUGUAUGAUGAGAUCUUCACGACAGAAGAUCCCAGUAAAUGCAACCCUCGGUUUUGGGAGGAACUUUUCCUCAUGAAGGUGAAUCUGGAGUACCUAGAAGGGAAGUUGGAAUCUUUAGAUGGUGAAGAGUUAAUGAAGAUAAAAGAUAACAUUAACUGUUUGUUCCAACGCUGCAUCCGGGCGCUGGGAGAAGAGCAUCCCAUCAGAGUAGUCAAUGCAUUACAGACAUUGUGUGCAUUAAUCCGUGGGGUUCAUCAGAAAAACAAAUCUACGUCUGGCUUUGACAUCAUCAACAUGCUGAUGGGCUUUGACAAGGCUGAAAUGUGCAUGAAGAAUCUGAUGGAGAGCUUGGACUCGCUGCUAUGUGCAGAAGGGUCUGAAAGCCUCAAGAGUUUGUGCCUGAAACUUCUGCUCUGCUUGGUGACUGUAACAGAUAACAUCAGUCAGAACACAAUUCUGGAGUAUGUGAUGAUUAACAGCAUCUUUGAAGCUAUUUUACAGAUCCUCUCCAGUCUGCCCAGUCGUAGGGAACAUGGAUAUGAAGCUGUUGUCCUGCUUGCCUUAUUAGUAAAUUACAGAAAGUAUGAGUCUGUGAAUCCUUAUAUAGUGAAGUUAUCUAUCAUAGAUGAUGAGGCCACACUCAAUGGAAUGGGUCUUGUGGUUGCUCAAGCAUUAUCAGAGUAUAACCGGCAGUACAAAGACAAGGAAGAAGAACAUCAGAGUGGCUUUUUCUCAGCCUUGACCAAUAUGGUGGGCAGCAUGUUCAUAGCUGAUGCUGAUGAGAAAAUCUCAGUUCAAACCAAUGAGGCUAUCCUUUUGGCCCUUUAUGAAGCUGUUCACUUGAACCGAAACUUCAUCACUGUCUUGGCACAGAGUCAUCCUGAAAUUGGAUUGGUGACGAUGCCAGUCAGCCCAGUUCCAACAACUCCAGUAACACCACUUGGUACUACACCACCUUCUUCUGAUGUUAUAAGUACCGUGGAAUUGCCUCUGGAUGCUGAUGUGCAGACUAGCAACUUGCUGAUAACUUUCUUAAAGUACAGCUCCAUUGUCAUGCAGGACACCAAAGACGAACACCGGCUCCAUAGUGGCAAGCUCUGUCUGAUUAUCCUGACCUGCAUAGCGGAGGACCAGUAUGCUAAUGCUUUUCUACAUGACGAUAACAUGAAUUUCCGAGUAAACCUCCAUAGAAUGCCUAUGAGACACAGAAAGAAAGCAGCUGAUAAGAACCUUCCCUGUCGGCCUCUGGUUUGUGCAGUGCUAGAUCUGAUGGUGGAGUUCAUCAUAACACACAUGAUGAAAGAAUUUCCCAUGGAUCUUUAUGUGCGCUGCAUUCAGAUAGUGCACAAACUACUUUGCUACCAGAAGAAAUGCAGAGUGAGGCUUCAUUACACUUGGAGAGAGCUCUGGUCAGCUCUGAUUAAUCUGUUGAAGUUCCUGAUGUCCAACGAGACUGUUUUGCUGGCAAAACACAACAUCUUCACCUUGGCUCUCAUGGUGGUAAACCUAUUUAAUAUGUUCAUCACUUAUGGAGAUACCUUCCUUCCAACUCCUAGCAGCUAUGAUGAGCUAUAUUAUGAGAUCAUCAGGAUGCACCAGAGUUUUGAUAACCUGUAUUCCAUGGUCUUGAGGCUAUCAACCAAUGCUGGUCAGUGGAAGGAGCCAGCCAGCAAGGUGACUCAUGCCUUGGUCAAUAUACGAGCCAUAAUCAACCACUUCAAUCCCAAGAUAGAGUCUUAUGCUGCUGUGAAUCACAUCUCACAGCUCUCAGAGGAGCAGGUUUUGGAAGUGGUGCGCUCCAACUAUGACACACUGACGCUGAAGUUGCAGGAUGGGCUAGACCAAUAUGAACGCUAUUCAGAGCAACACAAAGAAGCUGCUUUCUUCAAAGAACUGGUUCGAUCUAUCAGCAUCAACGUACGGAGGAAUCUGGCCUUCAACACCCUCAGUCAGGAGGCCCUGCUGAAAGAGUUUUCGACCAUCUCCUGAAGCUGAAUUAUCUACUCUUCCCUGACAGUCCUGGUGUUAGCACGCCCCCUUCCCCGGCAUUGACUGUAGCUCCUGGUUGUGGAGUGGUCUCAUCCUAUUGCGUGCGUGUGUGUGUUUUCCAAGCAAGAGCAAGGGGAGCUUUGGACUUGACCCAAGGGACUGGGCACAGAGAACUGAUGGUGUGAACUGCACUUGGAGGGGCAUGGGAGAGAGGGGAAUCCAGACUUAUUUCUCUUUCUCAUUAUCUCUUUUAUUCAAGGAUAAGAGUCCCUCCCAAGUGAACAGAACAAAGCACUGUUGAGCAGAGAGCUCAUCCUUCUGUUUCUCUAGAAUCGGUCCGAUCUUGUGCCCAGGAUAGGAAGUGGUGUGCCAGGGAAACCAAGCCUAUAACAAUAAAGAGAGGGCUGACUGACCUCCUGUCACGCAUAUUCUUACGCUGUGAAGCCCAAACACUAGCUAAGGUUUUAUGAAUCUACAGUCCUUGUCCUUUUGUAAUGUUAACUCCAAAUUGGUAUUGAAAGUAACAGUUUAGGAUUCUCUCCUUCACUCUGAGCUAGUGCCUCUUUUCAAUGGUGCUUGCAAGAGCAACCCAUAGGAAGGUUUUUCAAAUGCCGAGCCCUAAAACACUUGGUCUCUGGAUUUUCUGAACUAAGAAAUUACCUCUGCUGACUCAUUCCUGGUAUUUUGGCUAUCCAGUUCUAAGGCUCAGAGAAUGGGGAUAUUAGUAUGCAGUAGUCAUUUGUGAGGGAGGGGAAAUAAAGAAUACUGCCCCAUGCUUUUGUUGCUCAUGCAAUUGCUGUGUGUAGAUUGGGACAUAUUCCCCUGUUCCCUGAAGGUUGGCUGAUCUACUGAAUAGGCUUGCUUAAUUUCUCCUCAGUCACCUGGUACUCUGGAUUCCCAUGGUGCCGAUAAGGUGAUCAGGAGCUCACACUGACCUGUGUGACCACAGGCAAAAUUAUUGGGGAAUGCUGAUGUUUCUCUUGGGAAAGAGGUUGAUAUCUCCUAUGGUUGUUCCUGGUUCAGAAAGAGUAGGCAUAUAUCUAUAGUGUUUGUGUUGAGAGAGUAUCUGUUCAUUUUCUUAGAUUAAUAUGUUCUCAGGGGCUGGGUUUUUCCUACUUAAAAAUGCAUUUGUCAGUGUCAUCUUGAUCACACACCUACAUUGCCUAAACAGAAUUCUGCAUUGACUGAAUCAGCCGAUUAGCUCAUCCUCCCUUCCAAAAUCUACAUUUUCUGUACUCCAGUAAAGGCUUUCAUUGGGUAGGUGCAUGUAGGAGAGCCUUGCUUUUAGCCAGGGAAUUAAUUUGUUAGGCUUACAACUCCUGCCGCAUUUAAGGUGAAAUAGUCCUUGUGGGAGAAAAUCAAUGCUCUGCAUUUGUAGUCACUAGUCCCAUAGCAAUGUCCACCUAGUAAUGUGACUAAGCGUGGGUAGCUGACCACAGGUAUCAGAAAUUUAUCAUUUUAGAAUUUAUUUUUCCAACUUAAAAAAGAAUGAAGCAAUUGAUGUAUUAUUAGUUAAAAAUAUGCUUUGUUUGAAAAUCAAAGGCUGGCAGUGCUUCUGGAGUGCUCCUUCCAGAAAGAAGAUAUCAGUCCAUUCUAAAUCCUGAAAGGCGUCUCCUACCUACAUAUUUCCUCUCCUGUUAUAGAGCUGUUCCCAUCAGAUAGAACAGGAUUAGAUGAGCAAGACUGGAAUCUGUCAUGGUAGUUUAGGAGAUUAAUAUGCAGACAGAUUAACUUUGUUUCAUACAGAUUGUCUUCAUGUGUGAUUUCUCUGAUCUUUCUGGACUGAUAUGAAUUUGUCCUCUCUAGGCCCUUCCCCAAUUCACUAAUGACUCUCUGCCAUGCUGAUAGUGAAUUCUGAAGCCAGGUGUUCACAAAGGAGCCCUCUUCCAAUGGAAAAGCUGUAAAUGCCCUGUUUCUAAAAUAGCAUCUGUAAAAUGUAUGUAAAGUUCAUUAAAGGGGUGUGGAGGAAUGUGCCUCUUAGCACUCAUUUUGUGCAGUG